UGAGAGAGUGUGAGCGAGAGGGGAAAACGUUCGUCUUCCGACCACUACACCAUGGCAGGAAAAAUGUUGCAAGAUCUUACGGAUCAGUUUCAGGCUCUGUCCAAAGACAUGAGCUCUAUCGUCGAGGCGCGACAAAAAUUAGAUUCGCAGCUUCAGGAGAAUAGGUCUGUACAAAAGGAAUUUGCGAACCUGGCCGAUGAUGCAAAGAUCUACAAGCUCGUUGGGCCCGUGCUCGUUAAGCAGGACAAGUCGGAGGCGGUAAUGAAUGUGGAUAAAAGAUUGGAAUUUAUCAACUCAGAAAUCGCGCGCAUCGAAAAGCAGAUCACCGACAUUCAAGAGAAGCAGGAACGGAAAAAGAUGGAAAUCAUUCAGGUUCAAUCUCAACUACAACAAGAUGCCCAAGCGCAAGUAGGAGCAUAGUCUAAAUUCUAAGAAGGAAAAAGAAACCAUUCAAAAACCACCCUUUCCCAAAUCAUACUGCAUAAAAUAAA